AGGUGGGAGACAAAAGACCGAUUUGCCCCCUUCCCGCAUUUCUUCGCUGGUCAGCUGUACACGUGUUGUCAUACCGCAAUAAAGAACUUCAUCACAAAUGUGAUCCCAUUUUCAGACGCCACUGUCAUACGUGAUUUCGGCUGGACUGGUGCUGAAGUUGUUGAGAAGACCAUGGCUGAGAAUAAGAGAGCUGACGAGACGAUGCGACAUCAGUUCAUCGGUACCUACAGCGGGCUGACAAGGAUGUACCCAAGACGCUAUUGGAGAAUUGAACCUGCACCGAUCACAAUCGAUUUGUACGAUCCGAAAUUUCGACCAUGGUUUGUGAACACUGAAUCGGCACCAAAGGAUAUCGUGUUUCUCAUUGAUUACUCUGGAAGUGUAAAAGGUCCAACGAUGCAUCUUAUAAAGAUCACUAUGAUGUACAUCUUGUCUACACUGUCACCUAAUGACUAUUUCUUUGGCGUGUACUUCAAUUCCGUGUUUGCACCGAUUCUUUCCUGCGCAAAUGGGACAUUUCUGCCUGCCACGACAAGCAACAAAAAGAUUUUCUUUGAACGACUUGGCGAACUUGAAGAGAAAGACCAAGCUCAUGUAUCAGCUCCGUUGCGGUUCUCUCUGGAUGCGUUACGUGGGAAUCUGAAUUCGACUAACUCGGCAUUCCCAAAUUACCGCUCGGGAGGCCAUAAGUUGCUUAUGUUGUUUACUGAUGGCCUGGAUGAAUGGCCUCAUGCCGUAAUGGAAGAGGAACUCCGCAACCGAAACGGCGACGUGAUUCGUAUGUUUGGUUACUCGAUGGGUUACGGUACAGGACAACUGCCUAUGUUAAACUGGAUGGCUUGUAAAACAUUUGGCAAAUAUUCAGUGAUCGACUCUAUUAUGGAUGUGAAACCACAGUCACGUUCAUUUUUGGAUCAUUUGAGCGUUGCGCUCGGAAAAACACUCGAAACUACUCCAAUUGAAGCCCGGCGGAUAAGUUGGUCCAAACUCUACAUGGAGGUUCAAGGCCUCGGCCCCACUAUUACUAUAUCGCUACCCAUCGUCACGAAGCCAGACGGCAUCUGGCUAGGGCAGCGAAUUGCCGGUAUAGCAGGUAUCGAUAUCGGUAUAGCCGAGCUGACUGAUAGGCUACCUCGAGGAGAUCAAAUCUACGGAAUUAUUGUCGACAAUAACGGCAUCAUCAUCUACCAUCCCAAACACGUCCUUCCGGCUACUGAAGUACAUGCAGUACGUCGAAGCGCGUGUUACGAUGCCUCUCAAGUGCGACAUCGAGCUGGGGCAGGAUUACGGGUUCAAUAUGGCUUCAGUGAUCAGCGUGUGUAUCGGCUAGUCGGACUUAUCGACAGCAUACCAACCAUCGAUUUGGUGAGCGAUCGAGAGUUCUGA